UGGGACAGUCUGCGGUGGCCUCAUCCCCUUGUUUGCUAUCACUCCUGUUCCCAGAACACUGCCCUCCCCCAGAGUGGGGAGGAAGUACCUUGUGCACUCAGUUUUGGGGACAGGAAGCGGGCCCUGAAGCGACUUAGCCUUGCUGGUGGAGGAGGGGGAGAGGCAGGAAGCGGUGACAUCUCCUACCACCUGCCUCGGCCUUGCCGCCUGUUCUCCUGGUCUCCAUCCCGCAAGCCCCCGUGAGGCGCCCUGGCAGCCUGCCCUCUGGGAGCCGCGCUGCUGGAGAUGGUGGCGGCGAAGGGGGAACUCAGAGCCAUGGCUUCCCAGCGUGGGGGGAAGUGAAACUGGGGGAUAUGGCGCUGACGCUGACGGUGGAUGUGGCAGGGCCAGGGCCCUGGGGCUUCCGGAUCACUGGGGGCAGGGAUUUCCACUCGCCCAUCAUGGUGACCAAGGUAACCGAGAGGGGCAAGGCUGAGGCUGCUGACCUCCGGCCUGGCGACAUUAUCGUGGCCAUCAACGGGGAGAGCGCCGAGGGCAUGCUCCAUGCUGAGGCCCAGAGCAAGAUCCGCCACAGCCCCUCACCCCUGCGGCUGCAGCUAGACCGGUCUCCGGCUGCUUCCCCCAGGCAGACCAAUGGGGAAAGCUCUGUGGAAGUGCUGGCCACUCGCUUCCAGGGCUCUGUGAGGACCCACUCGGACAGCCAGUCCUCCCUGCGGUCUUCCUGCUCCAGCCCCUGCUCCUCCAGCCCCCAGCCGGGCAGCCCCUUCUCUGCCCUGCCCCCCAGCAGCCCGCACACCCUCCCUGGGGAGGCUGUGGUCAGCCGCAGUUUCCAGAACCUGGCAUAUUCCCCGGGACCCACUGCUGCCAACCGCUUUUCCUAUGGGGGCCGUCCUGGAAGCCGCCAGGCCGGCCUCGGCGGCGCUGGCGACGCGGCGGUGCUGGUGCUGCCGCCUUCCCCGGGUCCCUGUCCCUCCAGCCCCAGGCUCAGUGCGGACUCCGAAAGGGGAAGCCACCUUCUGGACGAGGACUCCGAAGUCUACAAGAUGCUGCAGGAAAAUCGCGAGGGGCGGGUGGCCCCCCGGCAGUCCAGCUCCUUUCGGCUCUUGCAGGAAGCCCUGGAGGCUGAGGAGAAAGGUGGCACACCUGCCUUCCUGCCCAGCCUGCUGAGCCCCCAGUCCUCCCUGCCCACCUCCAGGGCCCUGGCCACCCCACCCAAGCUCCACACGUGCGAGAAGUGCGGCACCAGCAUUGUGAACCAUGCUGUACGCAUCCAGGAGGGGCGCUACCGUCACCCGGGCUGCUACUCCUGCGCAGACUGUGGGCUGAACCUGAAGAUGCGGGGGCACUUUUGGGUGGGAGACGAGCUGUACUGUGAGAAGCAUGCCCGCCAGCGCUACUCCUCACCCCCCACCCUCAGCUCCCAGGCCUGAGCUCCUGGCUGUGCUCUCAGCCUGCCCUCAACUCUGUGGGCACCUGUAUAGCAAGGCCAUGCCAAAAACAAGUUGGCAGGGAAGGGUGGUGGCAGGUGGUGGGGUUCCGCCCUCUGCGCUAGGUGAGGCCAGGGCCUGGGACCUGUCCUCAUGCACGGUCUCACCGUCCCAGGCUUCUGCUAGGUACUCUCAAUUUCCCCCGCAGGACAGGCUGUGCACCAAAGUCUGAGGUGGGCACUGCAUUGGGUAUCUCUGUGCAACAGGGGUUAGGUGGGGGAUGUGACACAGAGAUAAAUAUGUAGAAAGAGAGGGGUGGGCCAGAGGCUAAAGGUAUUCACUCUGUAUAGUUUUCACAUAUGAGCUCUAUAAAUAUAUAUACAUGGACAAAACAAAGUA